AUGCUUCCUCAGCGAAUGAAGAAAGCCGUUACUGAUAACCCUAAAAAGCUCUCAAACUUGAUCGAUCUCGUUAACCUUCCUCCCACUCUCAGAGACUUCGUCGGUCAAUCUCAGACUUCUCGAUUAACCUGUUUCAUGCGUGUUUGGUCCUACGUCAAAACCAACAAUCUUCAGUUUUCAGGAUUGGAGAAUUUAAACUUCGGCGACUUCAAGUUCGCUUCCGUUCCCAAUCAACCACUCCCUUCCACCUCCGAUUGGGGCAACUUCGUCAACCAUUCCAAUCACAUCAAUGGCACCACCGUUUCAAAACCCUCUGAUCCAUUUACAGUUUCCCCGGAUCCCCUCGGGAAAACCGCAAACAAAGCUCGCGGAGCUAUUCCGCUUUCAAUCUUCGACGAGGAAGAAGAUGAUGAACCUGUUUCUGAUUCCAGUUCCAAUGAUUUUUUCUCCAACGGUGGUGGUGCUGUUGUGAAAAAGGGAUCCGAUUCGAAUGGUUCCGUUGGAAUUAGUGAUUUGAUUUCCAAUUUGUAUCAUCAGCAAAAUGGAUCAGCUUUGAAAUCCAAUGUCGGCUCUACCAGUCCGAAGAAAUCGAGUGUAAACGAUUUGAAUCAGGAUGAGGACGAGGACGAGGACGAUGGAUGGGAAUUCAAGUCUGCGGAACGGGAAACUGUAAAUGAAAACUUCAAUGUUAAGGUUGAAACGCCCAAGCAUGGUAACAGUGCAGUUGGAGCUGGUGCUUUGUUAGACUCAUCUGACAAAGUUGGUGAACGGAACCUGGGGUUUGAGUUCAGUCCUAUUUCUGCAUCUCACAGCCUACAGCUAAGUCCGAAAGGUGAAUCAAAUGAAAAUGGAGCUGGGUUUACCAUGUUCAAUCAAACUUUUGGGAAGUUGGCAAAUGCACAUUCAUGGCCAGGAUCAAAUCAAACUUUGUCGCUAUUUGGAUCUCCUUCCAAUUUCCAAGUUUACACUGCUUUAUUGAAACCUCAUGAGAGAAUUAUGGCACUCGAUCUUCCCCAUGGUGGGCAUCUUUCACAUGGAUAUCAGACUGACACCAAGAAUAUAUCAGCCGUAUCUAUAUUCUUUGAAACAAUGCCAUACAGAUUGGACGAGAGCACUGGUUAUAUUGAUUAUGACCAGAUGGAGAAAAGUGCUGCACUUUUUAGGCCAAAAUUAAUAGUUGUCGGUGCUAGUGCUUAUGCCCACCUUUAUGAUUAUGCACGUAUUUGCAAGGUCUGUGAUAAACAGAAGGCAGUUAUGUUAGCUGAUAUGGCCCACAUCAAUGGAUUAGUUGCUGCAGGUGUUAUUCCUUCUCCUUUUGAUUAUGCAGAUGUUAAAAAAUUACAAGCUGCAAUUAAGGAUUCUGUGUUUGAAAAUGAGGCAUUUCAGAAAGUAUUUGGAAAAGAAAAGCAUGGAUAUGUUCGUAGUAUGGGACUUGGAGUUACACCAUCUCAAAUUAAUAGAUCUACGAGAUCGACAUCUUCUUCUGCAGAAAGUGAACAAAUAAAGGAAAUGCAAGAAGAAAUUAAUGCACUUAAAGAAAAGAAUUCAAAAAUUGAUGAAUUAACACAGGCAAUCAUAUUCUUAACGCAAAGGGACAAGGCGAGGACAAAGGAAAUUGAACUCUUAAUGCAAAUGCAGAAUUUUAGUGGAAGACAGGGAUUGGAAUCACCCGCUGAUGGUAGACGUUCAUCUGAGUCUAGCUACCGUAUUGGAGAUAAUGGAACUUCAGGGGGGACAAAUUAG